CACUGGAUUGUUUGCGCUCCGACAAAAGACGUACUAAGUGUGGUCUCUUUCGUGUACCGUAGCAGUGCCGUACAUCAGAUGCAAUUGUCGAAGUGCUUCAUCCACAACAGAGGUCACAAACAGACAGCUAGCUAGUUCCACAACUCAACCCCCGCUGUGUGUUAGGAUGGGAGGAGACCACGGCAGUAAAUUAAACCUGCCAGACUUUAAGCGGUGGAAGGUCGAGGGAACGCCUCUGGAGUUCACACAGCAGAGGCUGGCGGCUAGAGGACUGAAGGACCCAUGGGCACGUAACGAGGUGUGGAGGUACGUGGGAGGCUUCAGUCGUCCUGUAUCCCUGGGAGACGUGAUGCUGAGGGGCUUUAAAUGGGGCUUCGCUGCCUUCGCUGUGGCUCUGACUGUAGAGUACGCUCUUUCCCCCAAAGAAGUCUGACCACUGACUGACCUUUAA